UUGAACGGAUCUGGGCGAGGGACAGCCGUGGAGUAGAGAACAUGUCUGGGAUCAAGAGAGUGAUCGCAGAGAAGGACCCCGACUAUGAGGAGAUCACCAUCACCCAUCCCAACAAGCGGCACAAGGCAGCCGAGCAGUCAGCUCGAGAUGUUACUGUGCAGAAGAUCGAGACCAUUAUAAAGGAACAGUUUGCCGUUGAAAUGAAGAGUAAAGAACAUGAAAUUGAAGUUAUAGAUCAGCGCCUGAUUGAAGCCAGGAGGAUGAUGGACAAGCUGCGUGCCUGCAUUGUGGCUAACUAUUAUGCUUCUGCUGGUCUCCUCAAAGCUGGAGAGGGGACCAGGUCGUGCGACACAACAAUUCUUAAUCACCCUUCAAUCAAGAAAUUCUUGGAAUCUCCCUCUAGAUCAUCGUCUCCAGCUAACCAGGGCUCAGACACUCCCUCUGCCAACCACUCCGAGAGCGACUCUCUCUCUCAGCACAAUGACUUUCUCCUGGACAAGGACAAUAGCAACUUGGACGCCGACGAGCGGCUGACAAACAGCCUGGACCAGAGACAGAGCAGAAAUGCUGGCCGGGACAGUUCGGGUGUUUCAAGCUCUCAAAAACCAGGACAACGAAAUGCCGGACUGUCAAAUGAUGAAACUUCACGACUUUAUGUGAAGAAAACGAUUGUGGUUGGCAACGUCUCCAAGUACAUUCCCCCUGACAAGAGAGAAGAAAAUGAUCAGUCAACCCAUAAAUGGAUGGUGUAUGUCCGAGGCUCUCGGAGAGAACCCAGCAUAAAUCAUUUUGUCAAGAAAGUUUGGUUCUUCCUCCACCCCAGUUACAAACCUAAUGACCUGGUAGAAGUGAGAGAACCUCCGUUUCACCUGACCAGGAGAGGCUGGGGAGAAUUCCCAGUGAGAGUGCAGAUACACUUCAAGGAUAGCCAGAACAAAAGGAUUGAUAUCAUACACAAUUUGAAGCUGGACAGGACCUACACAGGCCUGCAGACACUUGGUGCAGAAACAGUAGUGGAUGUGGAGCUACACAGGCAUUCCCUUGGUGAGGAGUAUCUCUUCUCCCAGUCUUCAGAGUCUGACCUUUCUGAUGUUCCUACAUCUCUAUCACUGCCACUGAGUAUCCCAGCACCAGUCAAAGCUUCUUCACCAAUUAAACAGUUGAGGGACUCCAGCCCAGACGCUUCUGUGGACAAAGGAUUCUCUGGGAAUGCUGAAACUGAAAGACAUGCCACGUUUUAUUCCCUGCCAUCCUCGAUAGAGCGGACUCCCACCAAGUUAGCCACACAGAAAGUUGCCUUUGGCUCUCAUGGAAAUUCAGCCUUUCAACCCAUUGCAGCUAGCUGUAAAAUAGUGCCUCAAGGUCAGAGUCCAAGCCCUGCAGAGUCACCAGGAAAAUCCUUCCAGCCUAUCACCAUGAGUUGCAAGAUUGUAUCAGGUUCUCCAAUAUCGACCCCUAGUCCAUCUCCGCUACCUCGUACCCCAACGUCCACUCCGGUGCACAUGAAGCAAGGCUCUGCCAGCUCAGUCCUUAAUAACCCGUAUAUUAUUGUGGACAAGCCUGGACAGACGGUUGGAGCAGCAGCCACAAGCACAGGGAGCCCGACCAGCAAACUGAGCAGUGUCUGUCAGGCAUCUCACGGGACUGGAUCUCCUGUGUCAAAGACCCAUGGGAGCAGUUUUGGCACCUCAGCUGUCAAGCAGGAGGAUUCUCUUUUUGCCACCAUGCCACCCCUUUGUCCCAUUGGGAGUCAUUCCAAGGUGCAAAGCCCCAAAUCGGUCACUGGAGGACUGGGAGCUUUUACAAAGGUGAUAAUCAAGCAGGAGCCCGGGGAGCUGCCGCAGCAGGCGGCGGUGCCGGCGGCGGGCGCGGCGCAGCCCCCGCUGCAGCAGUACGUCACCGUCAAGGGCAGCCACAUGCUGGCCCUGUCCCCACAGAAACCCGCGGUGAGCGCCGGCGAGGGGACGGUGCAGUCCAAGGUUGUUGGCGUUCCGGUUGGGUCUGCGCUGCAGUCGACAGUGAAACAAGCGGUGGCAAUAAGUGGUGGGCAGAUCCUUGUGGCAAAGUCCAGCUCCUCGGUAGCAAAAGCUGUUGGCUCGAAGCAGGUUGUGACUCAAGGUGUAGCCAAAGCCAUUGUGAGUGGAGGUGGAGGGACAAUUGUGGCUCAGCCCGUGCAGACUAUAACAAAGGCGCAAGUUUCUUCCACAGGGGCUCUGAAAAGUACAUCUCAAGGCUCAGUGAUGGCUACACUGCAAUUACCAGCCACCAACCUGGCAAACUUGGCAAACUUACCACCAGGCACCAAGCUGUACCUCACCACCAACAGCAAGAACCCUUCUGGGAAAGGAAAACUGCUGCUGAUACCCCAAGGAGCCAUACUGCGAGCCACAAAUAAUGCUAGUCUUCAGUCUGGUUCUUCUACAAAUAGUGGAGGAGGAGGAGGAGGCGGAGGAGGAGGAGGGGGAACCCAAAGCACAAGCAGUAACUUGUCACAGCACCUCACCUAUACAUCCUACAUCCUGAAGCAGACACCCCAGGGCACCUUUCUGGUUGGCCAGCCUUCACCUCAGGGCUCUGGGAAGCAGCUGACUCCAGCAUCAGUUGUUCAGGGCAGUGUAGGAGUUGGAGCAUCUUCCACACAAGGACAAACCCUGAAAGUGAUAACUGGACAGAAAACAGCUCUGUUUACACAGGCUGCAUCCAGUGGACAGACAUCACUGGUGAAAAUAUCAGAUGGGUCUAUAAAAUCAGUGCCUGCCUCAUCGCAGCUCUCCAAACCUGGCACCACUGUGCUGAGAGUAUCAGGAGGUGUCAUCACCACGGCUGCUGCUCCUGCCGUGGCCCUCCCCACAAAUGGGGUGGCCCAGCAAACAGAUAAUGCAGCUUCCAGUUCAUCAUCUUCUGGAACUCCUGCAGCAAAGACACCUGGCCAGCAACACCAAAUCUGUGUAAGCCAGAGCCAGUCUGCUUCAUCAGUAGUGAAUAAGACUGCGACUUCCAGUGUUGUAAGUGUUGCUUCCUUGAUGACUACAGCAACACCUGUGACGGGAAAAGCUACAGUAUCAGUGCUACAGUCACUUUCUACCAGCAAAGUUUCAGCAGUCACAGCAGCAAGUACAGUUGUCCCAAGUCCCUCCACAGCAUCCAUUGCCAAAGUUAAGAUGGAGCCUGAUUCAACAGGACAAAACUGCAGUUCUGUGGGUACCCAGGAAGGCCAAGCAGCAGUUAAAACAGAAGAGAGCUCUGAACUUGGGAAUUAUGUUAUCAACAUAGAAUAUUUGGAGAACAUCCAGCAGCUUUUAACAGCAAUAGUGAAGAAGGUUCCAUUAAUUGCUGAAAAAAGUGAGGAUGUAAGCUCUUUUUGUGCCAGUUCAGUGGAACAGUAUUACAGCUGGAACAUUGGGAAGAGGAGGGCAGCUGAGUGGCAACGAGCAAUGACAGUGAGAAAGAUCCUCCAAGAAAUUGUAGAGAAGCACCCCAGGUUUCACAGUAUCACCCCCCUGAAAACAAAGCACGUGGUGCAGUGGUGUCGGUGCCAUGGCUACACGCCCCCCGACCCCGAGACCCUGCGGAAUGAGGAGGAUUCCAUUGAGGAUGUGCUGACACAGAUAGACAGUGAGCCAGAAUGCCCUUCAUCUUACAGCAGCGGUGAGGAGCUGUGCCGAAAACUGGAGGAACUACAGCAAUUUCUGAAACAGGAGCCAGAACACGAAGAGGAAGUAGAUAUUCUCAGCUUUAGUGAGCCAUUAAAAAUAAACAUUAAGAAAGAACAGGAGGAGAAACAAGAAGAGAUGAAGUUCUACAUGGCUUCCUUGCCUGCAUCAGAGUUUGUGAGGGACGCUGCUGAGAAGAUAGGGAUUUCUUUUCAACCUGCUGAGGUACAGAAGAAUGUUUAUGCAUCUGUAAUAGAAGAUAUGAUUUUAAAGGCCACUGAACAGCUGAUGAGUGAUAUCCUACGGCAAGCGCUCGCUGUGGCGUACCAGACAGCUCCUCACAACAGGACUCCAAGAGAGAUCACAGUGAUGAAUAUUCACAAAGCCAUCUGUAAUAUUCCCUUUCUUGACUUCCUCACAAACAAACAUAUGAAGAUACUAAAUGAGGAGCAAUGAAAUAGAGCAGAGAAGGUGCUACAGGAAAGGUGGAUUUAUGACUGAAGUUGGGCUGACAAAUCCAGUAUUUCUGUAGGACACUAUUACAUUUAUAACAUUGGGCUACUAGAUUGUUACCUCCAAUUAAAGAUGCACCUUAAUGCAACAAAAUGAUGCUCUGUUCCAAAUCAAGUUGUUAAAUGUCAGUGUUUACUUGGUAAGUGUAUGUUCAGUGGCUGAACAAACAUUGUCAGUUUGCAUCGAGUUGCUAGCUGUGAGAGACUCCACAGGCCUGGUCCCUCUGAGACGGCUCUGCUGGUGAGACUAAACUGGUUUUUAAGAUGAGAAAUGAUGUUUUUUAAUGCAGUCUACAUAUGUAUUGGUUUGCCUAUGCAGUGAGCAGGGCACGUGCUUUGGCACUUUGAAUAUGGGAAAAGUCAAAGGCAGCUCUGUAAGGUGGGCCAUUUGAGUAGAUGGGUGGAUUAGGUGUGGGCUGGGGGGAGUAGAAGGCUGAUGGCAACAGCAGAUUUGGCCAUUCUUGCCUGAGCAUGAUGUGUGUGACUGAGAACACAGCUGUGUAGGUUUGUCAGCAGCGUACUCAGCUAAGUGUCACCUCACCAAAUUCCUUGCCUCUCUAGAGGAGGUGUCAGGUGCCACCUUUCUUAGUCACCUUGGAAAGGGUGAUCCUCAAGCAAGAUGAACAAACCAUGAUCAGGAAAGAUUUGACUGACCACUUGUCCUGCAUGGGAAAGGAGAGGAACAAAGACAAUAUUCAGGGUUUGUGGGCUUGGGCUGGCCGAAAUGCUUUGCUUGCCCAGCGAGUACCUCCCCAGGCUGCCAGAAGGUUUGAAGAGUGCUGGAGGGCAGAUGACCAGGGGUGUUGUACAAGUCUUAAUGUUGUAGCAGUGUUCACCAAGUAUCAGCCUAAACUGUGAAGUGCUGUGGGAGCAGCACUGCUUUGGCUUAAGUUCUGUUAAACACAAGAGGCCAGGUAGGAUCGAGCAAUCAAAGAUUUGCUGCUUGUGGGGAGAUCUUCUGAUGUCUUCACUGCAGGAAGAAGUUCUGCUACUAACCCCAGCACUUACCUGUCUCAGGAACACCACUGGUGAGGGAGACAUGUCUGCAGCCUGGCUAUCAACACCUUGCUGAAGAAAGCUUCGUUGACAACAUCCUGACCACCCCACAUCCACUACCCCUUUGUUCUGCCCCAUGGGUGCUUGCUGGUAGCGUGAAUAAGCCAUUGUGAAGUUGGUGGGACUCCUGUGGGACUGUUGUGCUUUCAGCAUGCUUGUUUUGUCUGGCAGUGCUGUCAUGGGUGGAGCAUGGGCCAAACAGCCAGAACCUCCAGUGUGCUGAUCUCAGCUGGGUCUCUGAUCUGCUGCAUGGCCUUUGAUUUAAUCACUCUGUGCCUCAGUUUCCCCAUCUCUGAGCAUGGGGAGCAGGAUACCUACCUCACAGGGGUGUACUGAGGCCUCGCUCUUGUUGGUGCCGUGCUUUGACAAUACAAAGCCUUUUAUAAACAUUAAACUACAGUUAUCUUUCUUGGCCUGGGGUAGGAGCAGAAUGUUAUCUUAUGGUGCUUUUUUGGGGCUAGAACACAUGCAAUGGUAACUACAGUAGCAUGCAGGAACUGUGAAAAAUGCUUCAGUUAGAGGCUUCAGACUUGGAAGGAGGGUAGUGUAAGUUUGACGCAGCUGUUAAACUGAAGAAAGCACUGUGUACCUCAGAUGGGAUGCCACCUGUCUUCUCCACUUUAAAUAAAACUGGGGUCUGCAGGAAAGCCCCUCUCAGUUCAUCGCAGCUAACAGGGAGCUGCAGUUCAGUUGAAUAUAAGAGUGGCAGAACCUGACCCCUGAAUCUAGGAAAUGGGACCAAUGGAUAAAAUCCAAACAGCAUUCAGAGAAGGACUUAAAUGCUCCCUAGGAAGGACAUUACAGAUGCUCUGGAUUCAAAAGCUAAUCCUGGCUUGUUCGGGUGAGCUGAGUGCAGGAUUGCCUGUGAAAGGAAAGGGCACAGCUUAGCCCUGACAUUACUUUAUCAGCGGAAGUCAGUGUGACGGAGUUGAGCAGCAGUGAUUGUUUCAGCUCAGUGUUGAGUUGGGAGGAAUCCAGAUAGCUGGGGGGAACUGUAGGCCCCCUGCUUUUGUAGGCUAUAGUGAACUUGGUGUCUGCUGCUUUCAGGCACCCCUGUACACUUUAUGAAAGAGAAGGGCAUUUUCAAGAUCCCUGUCACUAUCACAAUAGCCUGCAGGUUCUGUGGGAGCAGCCUUUUGGGCAAACUCAGUCAUGCUAUGAUCUGUAAUGACCUCGAGUACUGUGUGCAGUUUUGGGUGCCACAAUAUAAAAAAGACAUUAAACUAUUGGAGAGCAUCCAAAGCAGGGCCAUAAGGAUGGGGAAGGGUCUGGAGGGGAAGCUGUAGGAACAGCUGAGGUCACUUGGUCUGUUCAGCCUGGAGGAGAUGGAGGGGAGACCUCAUUGUGGUCUUCAGCAUCCUCCUGAGGGGCAGGUACCAGUCUCCUCACUCAUGAGUAGUGACAGGAUCCAAGGAAAUGGCAUGAAGUUGAGUUAGAGGAGGUUUAGGUUGAGUAUCAGGAAAAGAUUCUUCACCCAGAGGGUGGUUGGGUACCGGAACAGGCUCCCCAGGGCAGUGGGCAAAGCACCAAACCUGUCUGAGUUCAAGAUGCAUUUGGACAACGCUCUCAGACACGUGGUGUGACUUGGGGUGACCUGUACAGGGCCAGGAGUUGGACUCGGUGAUCCUUGUGGGUCCCUUCCAACUCGGCGUGUUCUGUGAUUCUGUACACAUGCAUUUCCAGCCCCUUUCUCCUGCAGGCUUUGUUUCUGGGACUCUGAUAACACCCAGAGCAGCUUUUGAGGAUGCAGGAGCUCAUUUUUGGGCAUCUGUUUGCAAAUUGUGGCUUCUUUGCCUGUGUCCUGCUUUUCUGUAAGGAAUGGAGUUUCAGAAAAUGUCUUGAACCUGGCCCUCAAGCAGGCAGGUACAUACCCCUCUUAAUGGGGAACUUGUAGUGGAGAUCUAUUCCUACGUUUCUGAGCAACCACAGGUUAUUCUCCUAGGAGGUGCUAUAUUAUUAGUAUAUAAAGUUUGCUGAAGAAAAAUAAACUGUUAAAAGCAGAUAGAAAAUGACACAUUUGUUUAGUUCUUCAGAUGUAGGAAAUGUUUGCAACAAGUUCUUUGCAUAUUGAAUAGUGGUGGGAGAAAAAUUUGUUGAUGAGAAGUUCCUGUGGGAAUUGCUUGGAGAUAAGGUAGAGGUUGUGGAAUUUCACACAUCCCUUCAGGUGUUUGUGGAUGCGUGUGUGCUACAGGUGCGGUGUGCUGAAACGUUAUGGUAUAUUUCUCUGACUUUCUGAAGAGUUAAAGAUCUCUUUACGAAUAUUGCCCCUAUUUGUAAUGCUGAGUGUUUAAUUCCUUCAUGUUAUCUGUAUUAUACUGUAUAAUUGUGUAAUAUACAUAUGUUUACAAUAAAAUCUUUUAUUA